AUUAAACUAAACUCCCUCCGAGAGGAAGGAAGGGAGGAAUGAAGGAAGAUGAGCUGCCUCGUAUCAUCGGCAAUCCACCCCGCUGUAUCUGAAUUCCUCCAAACCUCGAGAUUUCCGAAACCAGUGGACACUAAAAGAACAGAACAUAAAAAUGCUGUCUGGCAUCUCGGGAGGAGGUCAAUCUCCUAGUCGGUUUGAGUUGCUGAGUAUGGUGAAGAAGCACUCAAAGUUUUUAGGGAAAACCAUAGUUGAGGAGGAGGAUCCGUCGGAUGUGGAAAUGGAUCCACAGUUCUGGCAUGAAGUGCUGGAUUUGUUUUUCAUAAGUGGUAAGGAGCCAAGAGGUCGCCAAGAGGAUGAUCUUGUUUUCUUUGUACGGAAAAUGAGUGGGCAAGGAUAUGAAUCCAACAACAGUAGUGAAGACAACUCCCCUUACUUUGUGCGUAGGUGGACUCCUAAGUUGGAUGAUUUACUUGGUGAAAACUCAGUAAGUGUGGAUUGGAGGCGCUCAUUUUACUUGAACUUGAUUGCUCAUACAACUUUCAGUGUGACUGUAGCAAUAUGCAGUCACGAGGCCCUUAGAACUUACCAAACCGGCAAAGACAAGCCAUUAUCUCCUGUAUACAAGGUUGUGAAGACUGUUUAUGCAUCUCCCAGUCGUAUUAAUUUCCAUUUGGACUCAAGAAAGGAAGCAGAAACAACUUCUGCAUAUCCAGAUAUAUGUUUUGCAGUUGACGAUUUUGAUUCUACGUUCGAUGCAGUGGUUUUGACAGAUGUGGACCACUGUUAUUGUGUAAUUCUAAAUGCACAUGAUGGAGCUGCUUUUCCAGCUGAAAAGAUACUUGAAGGUCAUAUUAACAUCACUUCUUCCAAAAGCGAGUCGGCUGCUGAAAUGACUCAGAGUUCAAAGAUCACUUUAUUCUCAGGUUUCGUUAGUUAUCAGAUGGUCCGAGAUGCCUAUGAUGAAGCUGGAAGAUCUGGGUUAGGGAGUCUUCUUUCACUUCAUUCGUCAGGGAAAACAGACAGGAUUUACAUGAAAGGCCCAGGAGGACGUGGGGAGGUUGAAGUAGCUGUUUCUGGUGUUGUAGAUCAAAGCAAAGAGGAACACAGUCAACAUUCCCCUAAAAAGGGACUAAGCAUCGGCUCAGUUGUUCGAAGGGCAGCAACGGUUGCAUCAGUCGCAGCAAAGCAUGCUUAUGCUGCUGCUUCUGCUACUACGCGGAGUUCAGAUGAAGAGAUGACCCCACUGAAGUGCUGCUUGAUGUCUAUAUCAUUACCCUGGGAGCACAUUGCUCAUGAUCUUCUCCUUAAGGGAACUCCCCCGGUGAACUUGUAGGAUUAAAUACGGGUUGAUGAUGAGCAGUAUCAAAGCUUUCUAGACUUCACAUGUAGAUGAGUAUACGACAAGAGUGAGGAGCUGCAUUGUGUAUAUUACACUUUUCAUCUUUGAGUAAUACUCAAUAAUGGUUACAUAAUGUUAACCUCGCAUCUGAGGUAGGUAGUCCCUUCAAAUGAGGUGGUGGUUUGGCAAGGUCAGUGAUUGUAGCAGUGGGGAUGUGUUUUCAAUGUUGUUGAUGGUGGCCAAUGGCCCAUAAUUUAUUUGGUUUUUUCAGUUGUGCUUAGAUUUUUACCGAUUUGUUUUCCAGUUUCACCAAUCCACUCGUGGGAUUGACCUUUAUAUCAUACCUCAUCUCUCAUCACAUGCAAAUUAUUGUUUCAAUGGAAGUUUAGGAUGCCAA